AUGGGCGAUGAGGGCUUACGUACUCGCAGACGCCAAAUUUCACAAAGCGGAGGUGAAAGUGCAAAAGAAGUGGUCGUUGAAGACCACAAGGUCUCCACGGCCUUCAAAAAGAUACAGAAGCUCCAUAACACGCACGUCAAAGAGAGGAAGAACGAGAUCGACUUUGUAAAGAGGGCGGCCAAAAGGAGGAGGGAGUCAACGGACCAAUCGGAGGGCGCAAGCGGAAGCAAUGCAGCGCCUUCCCCUGCCAAGAAAGGCAAAAAAGGCGGAGAGCCUUACAAGGGGAAGAUCAACAAGGUGAAGAAGGACGGGAAGGGCAAAGGGAAGGCCCCCCAGAAAUAA